AUGUUAGGGGAAAUGAUCCAGCACAGGCCUUACACGCAGAAAGUUGAUGUCUAUAGCUUCGGGAUUGUUCUGUGGGAACUCAUCACAGGAAUGCUUCCCUUUCAGAACAUGACUGCUGUGCAGGCAGCGUUUGCGGUCGUUAACAAAGGUGUUCGUCCAAACAUCCCCAUUGACUGCCUGCCGGUUCUAGGUGAGAUCAUGAGCCGAUGCUGGGAUGCUAACCCUGAUGUCAGACCACCCUUUACGGAGGUUGUCAGAAUGCUUGAGGCUGCAGAGACUGAGAUCAUGACAACCGUCAGAAAGGCUCGUUUCAGGUGCUGCAUGAGCCAACCCAUGACUGCAGAUUAAUGCAUAAAAAGAGGGAGUUACAAGUGGUAAGAAAAAACAGUGAAGAAGGGAAAAGGAAAAAAAACAGCUGAAAAAGUGAUUUUAUGUCAACAUUGUGUAUCUAUCAGGGUUAAUUUCUUUCUUGAGAUAGAAAAAAGGAAGGAAACAUUAUGAUAAGAACUGCUUGUUUUGUGGUUUUUUAUUUUACGGAUUGAUGUUGCUGAAUUAGUAGUAAUCCAGAUUUGAUGUGUAUUUAUACCUCUGCCCUUUCGUGCUGUGAGCUAAACCUUCCCUAUUUGGUUGUUAUCUUCUGUUCAAAAAGUAACAGGUUCAGAUCUUUACUAGAG